AUGGACGUGCAUCCCAUUCAUCUCUACAGGACUGUCCGAGUGGCAGUGAGAGAGCCUGACGGAACUCUGUUGACUACAGAAGGCAAAGAACAACAGAUUCUAUACAUUCAACAGGACGGUAUAUUCGGCGGUACCGGCCAAGUGGCGAUACAUCUGAUGCAACACGAAAUGAUGAGCAUCCGAGCAGAAAUCAUCCGCUUCUCUGCCCAUCCUGUGUGUAACUACGUUUGGAGUUUGACAACCGAUCAUUUCAAACUACGGGUGAGGUUCACAUCUCCAUGGCAGCCCUUUGCUCAGAUUGCCCGGGUUCCAUCUCCACAAGGAUCUCGGUAUAGAGCAAGUGCCUCCUUCUCUCGUUCUCCCGGCGAGGUGGCUGUGCGGAUGGGCCCGUCAGGCCGGGCGGUAGGCACAGCUACUCAAACUCUCGUCGCUGGCCAUGGCUCACCCAUGACUUGUUCAGUCAACAUCGAUAUCUCGGAGGACGAUUUGAUUGUCAUUUUUCAACCAGACGAUCCAACUUUGGCCCCUGUGCUUUCCCAAAUAUUCACAAGACCGCCCUUCGGGUGGAAUACAGAGACUGUCCAGCCGGAUCCCUACUACACCUACGACUCUCUCAGCAUGCCAGAUCAAAACAAUAUGGGUUAUGCACCUGACGCAGAAAACCACAGUGGAAUCUGCUUCCCGUAUUGCAGCAGCGUCAUCUCUCCUUUUGAACCAGGACUCGGCCGGCAAAGUUGCGUUUCAGAUCAAUACCAAUUGCCAUAUGCAGAUCAAUACAGUCCAGCUUCUGGAUCAACACUCAGCAUCGGCUCAGAAGAACAAAACAGUGCACAGUUCACCACCAUCAAUAGUGCUGGCACUCACUAUGAUGCUAUUGAUGACCGUUGCAUCGUCGUCAAACUUCUGCCGUAG